UUAGUCAAUGCGCCAUGCUGGUUGUUCAGUAUUAAUCGUGAGGAAGUUCCAUUAUAUAAUGUUUGAUGGAGAUGGUCUGAAACAUCCUGUGAAUUAAAGUACCUGAAAAUUAAAGAAUGUGGAGAGCUAACCGUCACCUCCUUCCCCCGCAAUGGAAUAAGUUAUCACGGCAGUGCAAAUGGUCUGCUGUGAAGCGUGGUCUUUGUGCACUGAAAGAAGAGAGCAAGAAAUGCAACUCUUUAGAGGCUGCAGGUCAGCUGAAACCAGGUGACAGAAUACAUGGAUAUACAGUCAACAAGGUUGUGCCAGUACCUGAGCUGUUCCUAGUGUCUGUCCAACUGACACACAAUAACACAGGAGCCCAGCAUUUACAUAUUGCUAGAGAUGAUGCCAAUAAUGUUUUUGGUGUUGCAUUCAGAACUACUCCAAUGGACAGCACAGGGGUUUCCCAUAUUCUGGAGCACACAGCUCUGUGUGGCUCACAGAGCUACCCAGUCAGGGAUCCAUUCUUCAAGAUGCUUAACAGAUCCCUCUCUACCUUCAUGAAUGCCUUCACAGCCAGUGACUUCACCAUGUAUCCUUUCUCAACUCAAAACCCAAAAGACUUUGAGAAUUUGCUCUCUGUUUACCUGGAUGCAGCCUUCUUUCCACAACUAAGAGAGCAAGAUUUCAGCUCACAGUCAACACCAGAGUCGUUAUUUGUUCAUCAUGCCCAAAGCAACUUAUUACCCAGUCACACAUAUAGCAACAAUAGUGGAGGGGAUCCACUGUGUAUUCCUGACCUCACAUGGCAACAGUUAAAAGAUUUUCAUGCCUCACACUAUCAUCCUAGUAAUUCCAGGUUCUAUACCUAUGGAGACCUCCCCAUAGAGAAAAAUCUAGAAAAUAUUGAGACUAAAGUUUUACGCCAUUUUGACAAGAUCUCUGUAACAACAGACAUUCCACAUGAACCACGCUGGUUAAAACCUCGAGAAAAACAUGUAACCUGCCCUGUUGAUCCAAUGGCUGCAAAUCCUGACAAGCAAACUACAGUGGGACUACAUUAUUUAACAGGAAGAACCACAGAUGCAUUUGAUAAUUUCUCCAUGGUCAUUUUAUCUUCGCUUUUAAUGAGUGGUCCAAACUCACCAUUCUACAAUUCCCUUAUCACACCAAACAUUGGCUCAGAUUACUCACCAGGAGCAGGGUUUGAUAAUGGAACAAGAGAUGCUUCGUUUUCAAUUGGUCUUCAAGGCAUCAAGAAAGAUGACUAUGCAAUGGUUGUUGAACAAAUUCACAAGACAUUUGAUCAAGUUAUUGAGGAAGGUUUUCCAUCUGAGAGGGUGGAAGCAGCUCUUCACAGGGUGGAGCUAGCAACAAAACAUCAGAGCAGUAACUUUGGACUAGGACUCAUCACGGGAAUAAUGUCAGCAUGGAAUCACGGAGCCGAUCCAUCUGAAUAUUUGCUGAUUAAUGACCAUGUACAGCUGUUUAAGGAAAAACUAGCAAACGGACCAUUUCUACAAGAAAAAGUGAAGGAGUGUUUUAAGGACAACCCACAUUGCCUGACACUUGUUAUGAAUCCUGAUCCAGAGUAUGAGGCAGAACUGAACAAGAAAGAAAAAGAAAAGUUACAAAGUAAAGUUAGUUGUUUAUCUGAAGACGAUAAAAGGAACAUUUAUCAAAAAGGUAUUGAACUGGCUGAACAACAGAAUACUGUUGAAGAUGUGUCCUGUCUGCCGAAGAUGGCGAUUUCUGAUAUUGAUUCUGAAGUUAAGCCAGUUAAGUUAGAACAUUAUAUAUCCGCUGGAGUCCCUGUGCAGUAUUGUGAACAACCCACCAAUGGGAUUACAUAUUUUCGCGCAAUUUCCAGCAUUACCGAUAUACCAGAGGAUUUACGGCAAUACCUGCCUCUCUUCUGCUUCAUUUUAACCAAAAUGGGUGCUGGUAACCUCAGCUACCGUGAACUGUCUCAGCUGAUAGAGAUGAGAACAGGAGGCAUGGGCCUAUCAACACACGUGUCCUCUCACCAUAGUGACAUGAAAGCGUUUGAACAGGGUCUUUCCUUUUCCUCUCACUGUCUUGACAAGAACCUCCCUCACAUGUUUUACUUGUGGGGAGAAAUAUUUUCCAGACCUACAUUAAACGACCUUGAACGUCUGCGCACACUCAUUAAUAUGCUCGCCUCAGACUUGGCGAUGUCUGUUGCCCACUCGGGACACUUGUAUGCGAUGGCACUCGCCUCUAGUUUCCUGUCUCCCGCGGCACACCUCAGUGAGCAGUUUUCAGGACUUUCUCAGGCGAUUUUUAGAGUCCCUCGCGUAGUUGAUGCUGACCGAGUUGUGUUUACCUCCAGAUGCGCAGUUAACACAACAGCUCAAGAACGACAAGCAGUGGAAAAUGCUUUGGAAGGUUUCUGUGAUUCGCUGUCCAGUAGUUUAUUCGAAGAGUCGUCUCAUGUUCAGCACCCAGACUACACGCCAUCUGCAGUGAAGACCCAUUAUGAGGUACCUCUCCCAGUUAAUUACAUAAGCAGGUGCCUACCCACAGUGCCCUACACACAUGAGGACCAUCCUAAAUUAAGAAUUUUGGCCAAACUCCUCUCGGCGAAGUUUCUUCACCGCGAAAUAAGGGAGAAAGGUGGAGCGUAUGGCAGUGGUGCUAAGAUGGGAGGCGGUAUCUUCUCAUUCUACUCCUACAGAGAUCCUAAUUUCGAAGGUACGCUGUCAGCCUUUGAGGACUCCAUUCAGUGGGCGCUUGAGGGAAAGUUUACAGACCAAGACAUUGAGGAAGCAAAGCUUUCUGUUUUCGCCGAAGUCGACAAACCAGUAUCACCAAGCAACCGAGGCAUGCUGUACUUUACUCAAGGUGUGACAGAUGAAAUGCGCCAGGCAAACAGAGACCGGCUGUUUAACGUGACCAGGGAUGACGUCAUUCACGUGGCACGCACGUACUUGGCCUCCUCAGACGUUCCCAAUGCAGUAGCAGUGCUAGGGCCUGGAAACAACCUUACAGCCAAUGAUAGUUCGUGGAUUGUAAGAAGAGAAAGCUUGAGCUGAUUUCGACAUCGCUGUAGGAUUACUGUGACAUAUUCUAAAUGGGCGUCCAUGAUUAAAGACCGCAACUGGAGAUCACUGUUGGCAACUAGGAUACACAUUCACUCUGUUGGGUAUGGUGAAUGAGCGUUCGAAACCUAAGGAGGUGGUGCCAGGAGAGGAAUGGAAAUAUCGAUGAAAAGCCCCCCUUCCCCCCUACUACUCAUCAGCACACGUCGUGAACAAGAUUUAAGCUGAGAGUGAAUGAAGCUUCUCUCAGAAAUGUCGACGAGACAGAUUUGACUUGUUAUCCGUCUUCAAGCAAAUCUAGCUUGAAAACAAUGUCCAAAUGCAGUUCGUAGACCAAUUCCUGAUUAUCCGCCACACAAGAAUUCUCCGUUUGAUGAUAAACGUGAUACCAGAUCAAGCCACCAUAACACGCCUGAUUAUUUGCUACUCUAACUUGAGAAACUGAAUUUGUUUCUAACCGUUCUGUCUUCUUCAAGAAAUAAAGUUGAAAAACGAGACGA